AUGCAGCAAUGGCUGCGCCCGCGAAAAUCAGUGGCUGUGGAAAAGAAGUACCUCUAGUAUGACCAUGUCCUCAAGCUUCGGAAAGAACGGUUUCCACUUGAUCUAAGGAUGACCCAAAGCACUGUGUUGUUAUGGCAACAUUUCUUGGAAAGCUGCGAGGAAGAAGACUUCUGUUGGUGAUAGCACUUUUAGCGAUCGUUAUUUUCUUGUUCUUACAAAUCUUCUCUUUCAAAGUCUUGUCACGAGGCGCCAGAGGGCUGGGAAGGGGCAGGUUUCCCUCGGGCCUUGCUGAAGUAGAGGACAGCUUAGCAAAGAGCAUUGCUGAGUUGAAGAAUGGCUAUCAGAAACUGAUAGGGUCCAAGAUCCAGAGAACAAGACAGCUGGCACUGGUGAAGCUAACAAGAACAACAGGUGUGAAACCCUCCCUAAGACACCUGUAUGUUGCAGAUAGUGAGGGCAUGUUCACCUGUCUGAAGACAAAGGAGAAAGUGCUGUUUUCAAAAGUGAAUGAUGAUUACUGUGACUGUAAGGAUUCAUCUGAUGAACCUGGGACAGCAGCCUGCUCCCACGAUACUAACACCAGGUUUUACUGCAGCUUCCAGGUGUCGGAAACUGAGCCCCUUGUGAUAUCCACCACCAGAGUGAAUGAUGGCAUAUGUGACUGUUGUGAUGGUAGUGACGAGUGGGGAGAUGCCCGGGUCCCUCCCCAGUCAAAGGUUAAAGAUAGCGCACAAAGGCGAUUUUGGGACGUCUAUGCACCAUGCUACGACCUCUGUGAUGAACUCCGCGAGAGCAAACUGCGCAGACAGAUGAUGAUUGCAGAGGGACGACGAAUCAAACAAACAUACAUAGAGUAUGGUGCAGACAAACCCAAUCCUAAUCAGAUGUAUGGAGAGAACGGCGAGUUCUACAAGUUAGAGUCACUCUGUCUGGACUAUACCGCUGGGGAGUUUGAGUACAACAUCUGCCCAUUCCAGUCCGUCCAUCAACAAGUCUUCCCCAAGGCUUCCAAGAUCCUCGGCCGCAGCCCAGUUUGGGUGAGCCGUGGGUCACACGGGGUGUGGCAGCUAAGGUUGGAGGAUGGGGACAGGGACCUGUGCCCCGGGGGUGUCCAUAGAGAGGUUGUGAUUGAGUUUCACUGUGGCACCAAAGAUGAGGUUGUUCAGCUUAACGAACAAGAGAAGUGCAGGUACCAGGUGUUGAUGAGAACGCCUGCUGUGUGCUGAGAACAUAGACCAGGUGUUGAUGAGAAUGCCUGCUGUGUGCUGAGAACAUUGACCAGGUGUUGGUGGGAAGGUCUACUGUGUGAUGAUAAUGUUCAGCAGGUGUCGAUGAGAAUGCAUGUUCUGUGCUGAGAACAUAGAGCAGGUGUGAUUAAAACGCCUUCUGGGUGCUGAGAAUAUAAAGGUUGUGUUGAUAAAAGAAUCUGUGUACUCAGAAUACAAAUCUGGUAUUGAUGAGAAUGCCUGCUGGGUGCUGAGAACAUAAAGGUGGUGUUGAUGAGAACAUCUAAUGUACUGAGAACAUAAGGCUGGGUGAUGAGAACAUAAAUCAGAUGUUUAUGCGAACACCUGCUCUGUGCUGAGAACAUAGAGCAGGUGUUGAAAAGAAUUUUGCAUGUAUGUGAUGGCAUUAAAGACAAGUUCAUUGGUUUUCAUUGAGAUCAUGAUGUAUUAGAUGUUGUUUUUAGAUGUUGAGAAUUUGUCAUACUUCUUUUCAAAUAAUAAUUUAUCAUGUGUGUUUUCAAAGGAUUGAAACGGAGAUAAUUUAUUUUAUUCUUUUUUUUUAACCUUAGUGAUAAAUUUUAGUGACAUUUUUAGCUGGUUUCAAUAAUUAAUCAUCCUUGGCUUCAGUGACGUCAACUGAUAAUUUAACAUUCACAUAAUCAUUUCACAAUGUAGCGUACCUUGUUGCAAUUGAUAAUUUAUCAUCUUCAGCUUCUUUUCCUUGAGCUUCAUUUGUUUCCUCACUUGGUGCUGGUGUCAUCAGCAUGGUAUUUUAGCAGCACAUUAGAGGCACAAGCUUGCCGAGACCUAAAAUGAUGUUAGAAAUGCUGUUUUAACCUUAACACACAAAUUUUAUGGGAAAUUCUCAUGGUUGUUGAAAGGUGUGUUGUUUACGUGUAAUUUAAGUUGGUGAUUUUGUCAAAUACUGACUGACUGAAUGAAUAAAUGAAUGAUCUUUGUGCUCCAUUUACUUUGUGUUAUUAAAUAAUACAUACGAUAUGUUUUACUCAAGAAUACAUUCCACAUAGUAUAUUACUAAUCCUUUCCUUUCAGAGAUAUUUCAAAACUGUUAAAGGCCCAUUUCCGCUGCACGCCCCUCCCACUUUAAACCAGCAGCCCUGUUUCCUCCCACCAUAAUGCUGGCCGCCUUCAUUUAAGCCAAAUAUUCUUGAGUACGGCAUAAAACACCAGUGAAAUAAAUAAAUUAAUUAAACCAGCAGUACAUACACAACAUAUAUGUAUGGUUUUGAAAUAUGUCAUGUUUGCAAUACAGUAAAUACGGUUGUACAUUUAUUCACUAUUCACUCUUAAUUCUAAUCGUAUGUAUGUAUUAUUUUGUAAACAGAGAUGUGAUAGUGGUGAGUUGAGCGAUACUCGGGUAUUUUACUGAUCCAGUGCUAUGCAAUAAAUGUCCAUGAUAUUU